AUGGCGUUGCGCAACAGGUUGGCAGUCUCUACGGCUUCUGGCUUACUUCGAAGCUCAAGACAAUUGGCUCCAAGAACAGCACCGCUGGCUGCGCUCUUGAAUGCUCCUCCCACGCGCCACUUCUCGCAGCUCAACUCAAACGCCGCCUCCUCAUCGAACCCCACCAGCAUCUUCAACCUAGGACAAGUCAACUCUCAGGCUGGACCUCCCUCAUACUUUGGAUCACACAAGCGGUUACCUACAAAUACUGUUGUGCGAUUCGUACCACAGCAGACGGCAUGGAUCGUCGAGCGCAUGGGAAAGUUCAACCGCAUACUGGAGCCUGGUCUAGCUGUCUUGAUCCCCUUCAUCGACCGGAUAGCCUAUGUCAAGAGCCUCAAGGAGAAUGCGAUUGAGAUCCCUAGCCAGAGUGCCAUCACAGCAGACAAUGUCACGCUGGAGCUUGACGGUGUGCUGUACACCAGGGUGUUCGACGCUUACAAGGCGAGCUACGGUGUUGAAGAUGCCGAAUACGCCAUCUCCCAGCUCGCGCAAACAACAAUGCGUUCUGAGAUCGGUCAGCUGUCGCUCGAUCAUGUCCUGAAGGAGCGCGCCAACCUCAACGCCAACAUCACCGCCGCAAUCAACGAGGCUGCCCAAGACUGGGGCGUCACCUGCCUGCGUUACGAGAUCCGUGACAUCCACGCGCCCGAGCCUGUUGUCGAAGCUAUGCACCGCCAAGUCACCGCCGAACGAUCCAAGCGCGCCGAGAUUCUGGAGUCUGAGGGCCAGAGGCAGUCUGCUAUCAACAUCGCCGAGGGAAGAAAACAGUCAGUCAUUCUCGCCUCCGAGGCGCUCAGGGCUGAGCAGAUCAACAUGGCAAGUGGUGAGGCAGAGGCUAUCAUGCUGAAGGCACAGGCUACUGCUAAGGGCAUCGAUGCUGUGGCCCAGGCCAUUGAGCAGGGACAGGGAGCAGCGCAGAACGCCAUCUCGCUGUCAGUCGCUGAGAAAUAUGUCGAUGCCUUCGGCAACUUGGCUAAGGAGGGUACAAGCGUCAUUGUUCCAGGCAACGUUGGCGACAUUGGCAGCAUGAUCGCCAGCUCGAUGGCAAUUUAUGGAAAGGUCAACGAGUCGUCAAAGAGCUCAGCAGCCAAGCUGGUUACAGAUUUCUCGCAGGACUCCACAGGGGCUUCAAAGAAGAUUAAGGAGCUCGAGAGCCGUCUCAGCAAGACUGAGAACGGUGGUAGCAGCGUUCAGGAUGAGAUCACUAAGGUCAUGGAUCAGAGACUGAAGAAGUAG